AUGAAACUCGAAAUAGAAACAAGACAACUACAACGAGCCUGGAAAGAAUUCCAAGAGUCCUCACUUUCUCAAGAACAGAAACAGCAUCCAGAUGAUUUGAUCCGGGAAAUUCAAGACGCCAUCCAGUACUGGUCCUCGCAUCGCCAGCGAGUCCUCUUCCGGAAGUCAAUCAAAUGGGCUGAGAAAUGUCUCGAAACCAUGAAUGGACAUGCCGUAUUGAUGCAAGCCCUGCCAGACCCGAAGCGGUAUUGUGACUUAUUCUUUGGAGUUGUAUAUUCCAUCGUCAGGGCGGCAAGAGAACAAUAUCGGGUAGCAGAAGCCUUUCUCAAGCUCCUGUCACGAAUUAACCAUGCCGUCACCUCUGCAGUCACCUCUGCAGUCCAGAUGGACUCGUCGACCGAAAAGGUCGCUACCUUAUACGGUCAGGUAUUUUUAUUCCUGAGCGAAUUCCUCCGCGACUAUGUCUCCAAGGCCCGCUGUCGGCUACUGUACAGCCACAACGAAGACUUCAAGUCUAAUUUCAAGAAUCUAGUCACCAGUGUCGAGAACCUGGCGGCUAUGCGACUUGAAUCUGCUUGUGCUGACUAUACAGACAAAUCAUGCGCUGCAUUAAACCAUGUUGACCAUACAGGACUAGAAAAGGUUGGAUUGGAAGGGGACGCUCGGAGACACGUAUCUCAGACGACAACGGUUUGGCAGUUAAUUUGGAGUACUCGACAACAACGGCUCCUCAACGACAAACUCGCCGCUGAACAGACCAGAAUUUUAGAGGCGUUUUUGGCUUCUUUGCAGGCCCAAGUGCAUCAGCUUGAGAUGGAUAACGAAUGUACCUGGUCAGGUAGCAGCGUCCCCCACAAAACAACCCGUCCACCUGACUCUACAAAACCGGGUUCUAAACGUCGCCUUCUCAAAGUUAUCCUCCAACAAGACUCCUCCCCUUUACAAGACUACUUUGACAACAACGAACAGAUCCAUCCUUUUGGCCGAGACCAGCGCCUGGAAAUCUCAACGUCAAUAGCCAAAGCUCUGUUUGACUGGACCCAGACAAAUUCGUCCGUCCCUCUUGCGAUCAAGGGUUCUAAACCAGUGGGACUCCCCGGGCGACUGACUUUGGUAUCUGCAUGCUACAUUUCUGUAGCACGCAAACAAAACAUCCCCGUCAUAUCGCACUUUUGUGCUGCAACACCACGCCCAAACAAAAAGGCAGGCUUGAUUGCACUCGUAUAUAGUCUGAUCCGGCAACUCAUCGAACUCGCCCCUCCCAUGCUGGAUUAUGAUAGUAACUACGAUUUAAGUGGAGACCGCUUUCGUCGGUUGAACGGUACAAUUGGGUCUUGGGCUGAUGCGCUUUCGAUUCUGGAUACAUUACUGCGAUAUCGACCACCCGUGUUGUUUUGCGUUAUUGACGCUCUUGAUGUGCUGGAGGAGUCGGGAACAGCAGAUGACCAAUACGUCAAAGGAUUAGUGUCUAUUCUCUCAUCCCAAAGCAGUCGUCAACCGACAACCACGCAAGCACCUGCUACAAGUGGGACUACAUCGGCCGCCGACGACGAAGCAAAGACCAACGGCACAGACAAUAUGGCAUCUACGACAACAACAUCAACAACAUCAACAACAUCAACAACAUCAACAACAUCAACAACAACAACAACAACACCAACAGCAUCAAUCGACCCGUCCCCCGCUCAGAACGGCUUACUCAAAGUCCUAUUUACAACAGCCGGGAAAUGUAAAGCUUUGCAAGAUGUGUUGGUGGACCAGGGCUUAGGUCAAGUGGUUACCACACCGGACACAGAGCAUAUCAAUGUUGCUGCUGUCGACGCCGACGAAGAUGUUGCCAUGGUGGAUGCAUGAUUCCACUCACCUUAUUCAACACUCAUUCUUAUCCUACCCUCUUGCACGACGCAACCGACUUAUAUACCGAUAACGACAUGUACGACAUAUUAUUUCCUACUGUUCUUCCUCUAGCGUUUUUCGUUUUACAUUACCCAAGCAUGGAUGGAUUACGGUUUUUCUUAUUCCUCUGUAGGCAGUUAGUUUCUUUUGGUUUGGAAUCGGGAGGAUAUAUCUGGGCAUUUUUACUUUUCAUUCUUCUUUCACUAUUCUUCUCAUGCAUGCAUGCAAGCAAUUUAGUGGAAUUCUUUCUUGCUUUCUAUUCCCCCUCUCCUCUACGGGCCGUUUUUAUACACCCCACGACAUUCAUUUUAUACGUAUAUACGAUUACGCCAAGAAUUGGUGCUUCUAUUUUUUCUAUCUUCUUCUAUCUCUAUCUAGUAUCUAGCCAGUACUAGUGUGUAAGUUAUGGAUCUUAGAUGUAUGAAUAUGAGUCGUUCCGUUCGUACAUCCACCCCCAAGAGACUGUUGCUUAGUUUGUAGCCAUCUGCUUCCUUCUAAAUUGUGGUGACUCACCUGGAAACCCCUUCCCACGGAUUUGGAUUGUUAGACCGC